UCCCCGAGCAAUAACCAGUCAUUCUACUUUUUCCACCUUAAAACCACUCGUUUUCUUUCUCUUCAGAUAAUUCUCGUUUGCUUAUCUCCAAAGCUAACCGUUACACUCUUAGACAUAGGUGAGAAAGAGGCGGGCAAACAAAUGGCUCCGAAGAACUUGUCCUUCAAGAUAAUCCUGGGUUCUUCCUCCAUGGCACGUCGGAAAAUUCUAGCUGACAUGGGUUAUGAUUUUACAGUUAUGACUGCUGACAUUGACGAAAAGAGCAUUAGGAAGGAAAAUGCUGAGGAAUUAGUUGUAGCUCUAGCAGAAGCAAAGGCAGAUGCUAUUAUGUCAAGGCUUGAAACAACUGAUCAUUUGGAGGAAAAUACUCAUCCCACUCUCUUGAUUACUGCAGACACAGUAUGUUUAUUUCUCCACAUUGCUAGGGAAUACUUCAAGUACCAUGAUCUUUUUGGCUAUAUCUUACCUACAUCUAUUGGUAUCGAGGUGGCGGUGUACCAAGGAAUUAUUAGAGAAAAGCCGUCAAGUAAGGAAGAAGCGCGCCAAUUCAUCAAAAGCUACUCUGGUGGUCAAGCCACGGUUGUGGGAUCUGUUGUGGUGACCAACCUCACAAAGGGGAUAAGAAAAGGAGCUUGGGAAAGGUCAGAGGUAUAUUUCCAUGAGAUACCUGAUGAGGUCAUUGAUAGCCUGAUUGAGGAAGGAAUAAUACUUAAUGUUGCUGGUGGUUUAAUGCUUGAACAUCCACUGACGUUGCCCUUUGUUGAUACUGUGAUUGGAACUGCUGAUCAUGUCAUGGGACUCCCAAGAAGUCUCACUGAAAAGCUUAUUCAAGAAGCACUCUAGCUGCUGGGAACGAACACUCCUCACCCAUUGCAAAAGAUUACUCUCCCUAGAUUUUCGAAUUUAUAAUAUUGUCUUUCUGAAGUGAAGGUUUGGAACAUGCCGAAAUGAAAAAGAAAGUCGUUUAUCUUCUCUUACUCUAUACCGCUUGCUUUAAUGAACAUAUAGACGUUGUAGUUAUCUUUAAUAUCACUAAAAUACUAUUCUUAUGCUUUAUA